GUUCAGUUACAUCUCUACUAUAUAUAUAUAUAUCUCUUACUUCAGUAAAAUUUAUUAAGAACUCAACAUAAAUACAAUGGAUCUUAAGCUUAUUUCUUGUGUUUUCUUCCUGAAUCUCCUAAUUCUUGUGGUUGCUUAUGAAACAGAUGCUAGAAAAAUGGUUGAAGACAAUCGUCAGCAAGCCCUAAAAGAGAAUUCUGAAAUUUACUCAUUUUAUUAUAAACAAGGAGCUGAUGAAAAUCGUCAGCAAGCCCUAAAAGAGAAUUCUGAAAUCAAGCCCUAAAAGAGAAUUCUGAAAUUUACCCAUUUUAUUAUAAACAGGGAGCUGAUGACAAUCAUCAGCAAGUGCUAAAAGAGAAUUUUCAUCAGAUAAUCGCUUUGAAGGAACAAUAAUAAUUGCCAUUGUGUAUGAAGAGCUUUGAAGGACCAGUUACACCAUGUUGGCUGCCUAUAUAUCUGUUAUGUACUAAUAUUUUCAUGUAUGUUUUUUUCUGUUUUUCCAGUGCGUACCUGCUGUUUUCAAGCUCUCUUUCCAGUAGUACUGGAAUGUUAAUAAAAUAAUUGCUUAUGUAUGUCCAAA